UACCCCCGUAGCGUAAAGUUCCUGCAACGGGUGUAUAAUAUACAUGGAGGGCCUAUACGUACGUACACACACGUGCACCUUGCGCGGCGGAACAUCAUCACAAAACAAAACUGUGGCAACAAUGAUAGUGCAAGUGGAGAGGUAUGUGAAUGAAGUUCUGAGCUCCUAUGAGCAUGGUAGAGAAAGAAUUGGAGUCCUUGUCGGCAGGAUGACACCUAAGAAAGGGUUCGUGUUGUACUUUGUUCCAACCCCUGAUGUAGAAGAAAAUUUAGAUGAUGUCAAGUGUGGUUUACCCUAUGAAGACUGGUGGGUUGAGGACCAUGCCCACCAGGUGAGGGAAAUGCUGCCUGGUGGCCUCUCUGUUGUUGGACUCUGUCUUGUCUCUCCCGCCUUUGAACUUACCACUGCUGCUUCCCUAACUAAACUUGCCAGCAGAUUCAGCAAACCUUAUUUUGAAUCUGCUUGGUCUGCCUUUUUGACCAUGCAUUUCUCUACCAUUACUGGAAGCUUUACAUGUCAGUGUCAGUCAGUUCCACACAAUGUUGGGGUGAGUUAUUUUUGGUUAUGGAGAAGAUCUAAUGCUUAUGAAUCUCAGUUGCCAGUGGAAGUAGUAGUAGACGAACUCCGUGAUUUGUGGUGUUGUUUGGAGAGCAGAGUUUCUGUCCAGUUGAAUAAACUAGUACAACCAGGCAAGCCAUUUGGAGAUGUACAGGUAUGUUUUCGGCAUGGAAGAAAGUUGUUUCAUGCUUUGUACAGCAGGAGUUGAUUGCUGGCUUGAACUGUUGGAGUCUGGGCACGGUUGUAUUUGGAAAUAAGUAUGGUGGCUGUGAGGGGUGUGUGGCAGAUCAGGUAAAGGGACGUUAUGCUCGAUGUGUUGUGUAUCCAGCACACCAGGUGAGGGCAGAAAGUGGGGUGUCUUGUCGUGAGUGUAUAUAGCUACCCAUUUCCAGCCAUUGGAGUAUGGCCAGAGUGAGACAUUGGAGCUAGCAUCUGCAAUCACUCUACACGGGAAAUUUUCAGUGAUAGCCUAUGUCCCUUUGGAAGCAUCGCUUGCAGAGGCAUCAAAAGCAGUGACUGAUGAUGUGCUUCAGACUGUGGUAAUUCGGUGGAAAAAAAUGUGUGAUGAUAUGAAGCAGGAGAAAAGGCAAGCAAUUGGAAGCUGGCAACUACCGAGACGUGUGGAGCUGGCUGUAGAUAGAUGUAUGUUUCGGUUUUCUUCGUACAUGUUUUCAGAUGAAAAUGAAACGGAUGUUUGUGAGCGUGUUGGUGAAUUGUUGGGAGUAAGUAUGGACAGAGUGUCUGUAAUGGACACUGAGCAGAAUUUUAUGGAUGUGAAGCAGCAAACCCCUAGAAAGAAAGGUCCUUGGUCGCAAGUCUGUACCUUUUUUGUAACAUUGCUCUUAGUAAUAAUAUUUGUCACUUAUCUGGUAAUGAAGUAAUGCAAUGCAUGCCUGCUAUAUAUUUUUUAUAAGACCA